AUGGCAUCUUCAGGCAAGUCAAAGAAUAAACACAUAUUGAUCGCAGCAGCGUGGACGCAUCACGCAGCCAAGGAUGUCAAUGGCUUCAACACAGACGCAAAGAUUUGGUCCAUCAUUGCGAACAGUUUCAAGCGCAUUUUACAAUCAGAAGGGCAGUCGACCGGAGGAUUUAUAGCUGUACCUUGCUUUUCUACAGGUGACUUGGAAUACUUCUCGUCUUGGCACCGUUGUCCUCAUUGGACAUCAGCUAAGCCUUGCUCACUGUGCUCCAUCUCCAGUAGCAAUCUGGCGGAUUAUCGCAACAUCCCCCUCCCGCCAGAAGACCCUUGGAACCUUCCGCGGAACCAUGCUUGCCCACUAUUUCAAGAAAUUUUGAGCCCCAGCAGCAUCAGCCCCGAUUGGCUCCAUACCAAGCACCUGGGAAUUGACCAGAGGCUGAUUGGAAGUGUUGGAUGGGUCAUCCUGCAGCAUCUCUUCACUGAGGGAUCAUUGGAAGAGCGCUGUGGGAGUUUGCUGAAGCAGCUGAAAGAGGUUUGGUCAAACAGAAAAAUGCAGGGUUGCCUCACGAACUUGACUGUCAAAAUGCUGAUGACAGACAAGAACGCAACCAAGAAGUACCCCAAGUUGAAAGCCAAAGCGUAUGAGACCAAACAAUGUUUGGUCGCAUUCCUGGAGGUCUGGACCAAUGCAAUGGAUGCGGGUUGUCAAGCCCAUGAAUGGGUUAAAUUGGCCUUGUCCAAUUCAUUGCGCAUGGACGAGAUCAUCGAUCAGUGCAAAGAAGACUUCAAGCUGAACCCUUCAGCAUUUGCUGAACUCACCCAAUGCGCCAAGAACUACACCUUGCUCAACAUUGCCUUACACAAAUGGUACAGUGACAAGGGAUUGCGUUUGUUCCAGGUUGGAACCAUGAAGGGUCAUUGGUUACAUCACUCUGUGGCCCUUUCACGCUUCAUUAACCCAUAUCUUUUGCAGCGCUACUCCGGCAAAGACUUUAUGUCGGUCAUGAAGACCUUACUCCAUGCCUGCCUGAAUGGGCGCACAGCCUUGAGCGCAUUAAGACAUUUUAUGUCGAGGUACAUCCUUGCUUUCACAUACGAG